AUGGCUUUAACCAAAUUGUUCAUCGUCGUGGCUCUGGCCGUCGCCUACGCUUCAGCUUCACCAGCCUCCUCUUCAUCCACCGACCUCAGCUUCGAGGAAACCAUCGCCAAGUACAUCCAACACCAAGAAGUAUCCAUCGACAUCCCGUUCGUAGACUCCAAGGUCACCUUAGACGCCAGGAAUUUGGAGGAAGAUGAGCUCGAUCUUAAAGUGCAAUUAUCUGCUGCUGGAGAAGCUCGCAAAUCCAGCAAGUUGAAGAAGAUCUUCGCCCCGAUCUUCCUCUUCGUUAUGCUGAAGGCUGUCACCUUGAUCCCAAUGGCUCUCGGUCUUCUCAGUUUGAAGACUUUCAACGCUCUUCAACUCUCUUUCGUUACCUUCGUCAUCUCCAUCGGUCUGGCUGUUUACAAGCUCUGCCAGAAGGUUCCUCAUGAGCAUGCUCCAGUAGUCUCCCAUUCCGCCCCGUGGAAGAGGUCGAUCUCUGAGGAAUCUGCCGCCCAGCAAAUGGCAUACUCUGCUUACAUCAACUAA